AUGAUUUUCUUUGAGAGUCAUCAAAAUGAAAGCAGCUCUGAUUCACUUAAAAACAAAUAAAAAGAACAAAAAAUUUCUACAACUUUAAACUUCUUAACUUUCAAAAAUAUAGUUUUUCCGAAGAUAUUAAACUAUUUGUUCUUUUCUGAAACGAAAGGCACAAUUACAAUUAGAAAAACUGAUUCAUUAUUAAAACUUUUGAUGAAAACCUAUAAUGUUGAUUUAAUUGAAAAAUUUUCAAUUGAUAUUCCUGAAUAUACAGAACAAGAACUAAUUAUUAGAAUCUUGUAAUUGUGCAUUGAGAAAAUUUCUAUAUUAACUGAAGAAAUCCUUAUUAGCACUACAUUUUUCAAUUUUUAUUAUAAAUUAUACGAUUAUUAAAUCAAGGAAUAGAAUAAUAAUGAAAUACUUUAAUAUGUUCAACAAAUAAUUUAUUAAACUCCAAAUAUUUAGAUUAUUACUGAAGAUUACAAAUAUUUCAUUUUUUUUAAAGCUUAAAUGAUUGCAAUAGUAUAAUCUUUAAAACUUAAGAUUCCUUUAACUUCUUUACUAUUAUGCACAAGGUUUUAUAUGAAUCGAGACACUUAACAAUUCUUUGUAGAAUUCUAAAUAACAAAAUAGGUCUAUAAAUAAAUUUAUAACAAAAGAUAAAUGUCAAGAUUUAAUUAUUCUAUUAAAAUAGAUUAAUUAAUUAAUUUAAAUACAUUAAGCUUAUCAGAAAUGAAUUAUUAUAUAGAAAAAGUUUUUCCAAAAUAUGAAGAUGAAUUGAUUGAAUCUAAUUUUAAUAUUUUCUCUAAAAAUUUAAAUUUGAUUUUAGAAUAAAAAAAGUAUAUGAUUGUAGAAUUAAAACAGUUAGUUCAAUCUAAAAAGUUUAAAAAGCUUUAUUCGAAUCUUUAAAAAUUUAGAAAUUAAGUUGAUUAAGCAGAGAAAUUUUAUGAAGGUCUAUCAUAAAUUGUUUAAUAUUAAAAAACGGCAGAAAAAUCAAUAAUGGAUUUUAGUAUAGUUAAUAUACCAUCUUUCAUAAAAAAAGAUUUUUUUAGAACUCAUGAAAAAAGAGAACUAUCAUAAUAACAAUAAAUAGAAUCUUUAUUAUUAUUCAAUAAAAUUAUGACUGAAAUGAUAAAAGUCAGAUUUCCAUUUCCAAAAAUCAUAGCAUAUUUAGAUUUGAAUAUUUAAAAUUAGAAUUUAAUAAUGAUUUCAAAAGAAUUAAUUAUUGAAUGUCAGGAAGAUUGUGUGUUUAAUUUAUUUAUUGCAUUAAUCCACUAUAAUUUUUAAACCUAGGCGAAAUCUUAAACAUAUUCAAAAGCAUUUUAUUAUUAAUAAUUAGGAAAAUAAGAAUAUUAAUAAAAAGAGAUUAUUUUUAAAAUGUUAGAAAUUAUUUUAGAUUAUAAGAAUUUGAUAAAAAAUGAAAUAGAAAAGAUUAUAAAUGAAGAGGACACAAAAUGUAAAAUAUAAAAUUAUAUAACAAAAUUUUAAAAUAAAAAUAAUGAUUAAAAUAUUUAAGAUAAAAAUAUAGCAUAAAUUUUAUUAGAAUUAAUACAAUUUAAUUAAACAAAGUUAAGUGAUGGAAACAAAGAGAAAUAACUUAAGAAUUAAUUAUAGAAUAUAAUAUCAGAUAUUGAAUAUAAAACAAAAAAAUAGCCAUAUUAAGAAAGAAGAUUAGGUCGACCACCUGGAUAUUAUCAAUAAUAAUAAUAUUUUUAGAGGAGAACUAGAUCAAGUUUUUAAUAAUAGUAAUUUAUAGAAUAAUCUAAUUAAUAAUAAUAAUUAUAAAAGGAGAAGAAAAAAAAUAAAUUAUCAUCUUAAUAAAAGCUCAUGGAGGAGUUAGAAAGUUUUUUAGUUUGA